AUGACAGAUACAGAGAAGCCUUUCGCAUGUUCGUCUCCAGGAUGUAAUAUGAGUUUUGUUAAUGAAGACCAUUUGGUAGUUCAUAAAAAAAAACAUGAUAUGAUAUUAAAUUUUGGAACAGGUGGUAAAAGUAAUUCAUUUAUAGCCGAUCAAACGCCAACUCCUACACGAUUUAUCAGAAAUUGCGAAGAAGUUGGUUUAUUUCAAGAUUUACAAAAUGUUAAUCCCUUUGAAGAAACUUUUAGACGAGCUAUAAUAAUAAAUGACGAUACGUUGCAUACACCACAUGUGUUUCCACACAUAGAAGACAACUCAUCAAAUAAAAUAGUUCUGCACCGAGCUGAUGAUAAUGAAAUAGACGAAACAUUGCAAGGUAAAUCAAAAGACAUAAAUGUAGAAAAGCCGAAUUGUGAAAGUUUAGACAUUGUCGUUUGUAAAGAAGUUAAAAAGACAUCUGAAACAAUUGUUAUACAAGAAGCGGACACGUCAAUUAUUCAACAAUCACCCCAACUACCAUCAUCUACAAGUCUAUCGAUAAAUGGCGAAGAAGUGCAAUUUCUCUUGAAAACUCAAGAUGGAAAAUUUAUGCAACUGUCUGCAACUCCUAUGAUUGAUUCAACAAUCCCAGCGAUUAGUGUUCAAUCUCAACCAACUAAACCACAAACAAUAGUGAUAGACACAGCAUUACCAUUGAUAAAUAACGAACUUGAUAAAUCUGUUAAAAAAAGUUCGUCUCCUCUUCUAGAUGCUAAGCAGCGCCUUAGAGAAGCUCUCAUAAAAAACGGUAAUGUAACAAGUUCAGAGGUGAUAAAAAAUGAUAAAGUACAAAAUAAAAAUACGGAGAAGAAAUUUUUAAUAAAGAAAAAAGUUGAAGUUGUAAAUGAAAAUACUGUGGAUUUACGUAGAAAACAAGAUGUUCAAGCGAGAAAUCGCGCGAGUUCGAUGAGAGCACGAGCAAAAAGAAAACAGUGGAUUAAUCAGCUUCAACAGUCAUUAGACGAAAGUAAUAAAGUUAAUGCUAAACUUCAAUUGGAAAUUAAAAAUUUACGACUGGAAAUUAGUAAUUUAAAAACUGUUUUAUUGGCUCACAAAGACUGCUCAGUGACCAAAGAAAUGGCUAAAAACAAAAUAAUUAUAGACCCUGAAGUUAUUUCUUUAACAAGUGUAAGGCUACCAGAAAAAGCAGCUGUUCUACCCAUUGAUAUAACACAGGGAAUAAAACGAGAGAGUGCUCACCAAGAUGUGAUAUAUGCUGGAAAUAAAAAAGUAAAAACAAAAAGACAAUCUAUAAUAUUACCAAAAACUGACGAUAAAAUGGUGCCGAUGGUGGCUAAAGUGGCUAAAGUUAUUUGCGGGCCUUGCAAUAACCUUAAGCUCGUCAACCUUAAUCAAAUAGUAGAAGAAAAAUGUAUCGAAAAACCUAUUUUAAUUGUCCAAAAUGGACCACCAAGAAAAGUUCAAAUUAUAAAUUCGCGACAAAUAGUUCAAGUAGACCAGAGUCUACAGUUAAUUAAUGUGGCCUCUAAAACAACUGGGACGUAG